GCACAAAUGCAGAGUGGAAUGAUUUCUCCUAGUAAACUAAGGAUGAAGCUUACAGGGCCUCAUCAUCUUAAGAAGAAAGAUGGAUCCAACUGUAACUCAACCAGAACUUCCCCUUCAAAGCAUGAUGAUGCUGAGUUUGUGAAGAACAGCUUACUUGCCUCAGAGACUAACAACCUUCUUGAUGAAGUUACAUCUUCAAGCUUAGAGGUUCCACCGUUAAAGCUGUCAAGUGAUGCAAUGGUGCACCAGAAUAACCAGACUUGUUAUGGUAACAUGGACCUCAUAAAAAUGCAGCAUUCUCAAAAUGGUGAUAAUGGUAAGUCAGGAACAAUAAUUCCCCCAGCGAAAACAACAGACGAUGAAAAUCUUGAGUGCGAUAGUAGUGCUAGCUCAUCAAGUUUCGAGUUCCAUAAAGAGAGACCAGUGAACAAUCCUGCAACAAGGUUCCUAUUAAGGCCUAUUCCAUCCAAGUGGAAUGAUGCAGAGAAAUGGAUAAUGAAUAGGCAAAAUAUUCAAGCUGGUUACACAAAAAAGAAUGCUUUACAGAACCAAGUGAAUCGCUUCACAACUAGUAUGAUCAAGGUUGCACCAGAUUCUGAUUACUUUGAUAAUAAGCUGCCAAAAGCCAAAGUGGCAGAAACAGCACGAGUUCAUGUUCCAGUAGUGGAAUCUUUUCCAGAAACCAAAGGUUUAAAGGAAGCAGAUGAUAAGACAGCUGUUCCUGGGAUAAGAUCUGUUGCAAUGAGAGACAUGGGAACAGAAAUGACCCCCACCACAAGUCAGGGACCUUCGCGAACUUCUACUCCAAUUGGUUCAAUAACUCCAGUACUUAGUCCAGCACCAUCAAUGCCUUCAACUCCUAGGAGGGGCGCGAAUCCACUGUCUCCAGUUGAAAGCACCGAAAAAAAGCUGUCUGAAGAAGAACUGAAGCUUAAGACAAGGAAAGAGAUUGAAGCCCUUGGUGUGCAGCUUGGUAAGAUGAACAUUGCUGCAUGGGCAAGCCAUGAUGAAAAGGUUAAGAAGAAAACAUCUUCUUGGGACUUGAAUAAAGAAGAACACAGCAGAAUCGAAUUCCAAAAACGCGCAGCUUCAUGGGAGCAAGCUGAGAAAUCUAGAUAUACUGCAAGAUACAAGCGCGAGGACAUAAAAAUUCAAGCAUGGGAAAGUCAACAAAAGGCAAAAUUAGAAGCAGAAAUGAGAAGAAUUGAGGCCAAAGUUGAGCAAAUGAAAGCUCAAGCUCGGGCAAAGGCGGUGAAAAAGAUUGCUAUGCUGAGACAAAGAACAGAGGAAAAACUCGCAGCAGCUGAAGCUAGAAAGAAUCGAGAAGCAGCAAGAAUCGCAGCAAAAGCAGAAUACAUACGCCAAUCUGGAAGAAUACCCUCCUCCAAUUACAUUUGUUGUGGUUUGUUGUGACAUUCUGAGGAUGAAAAUGAAAUUACAACACUUACUCGCCAAAAUUGCUUCAGUUUCUGUAUGUAUUUUUCGGCCACAUUCAUGAAUGGCUAGACUAUUGAUAGAGGGCACCAUUUCUCGAGUUUAC